GAUGCGGAAGUGUUGUUGUUGCAGUGUUAUAAUGAAUUUUGCUGGCGUGUUUUGUUCCACUGUGUGAGAAUUUAAGAAAUUUUGUUUGGUGUACAACUGAGAGGUCGUCGUGUCUGCAAGUGCAAUGCUCAGCACAGAAUGAGUAUUGUCAUGUUGGUGUAAAAAUUCAGCGUUUAUAGACAAAAUUAUCAACUUUCAGUGUCAGCCCAAGGAAUGAUCUAAGUUAUUGACCCAUCCUCUGUGUAACGUGAGGUGUGCCUGAAACAGUCAUCAUGGGCAAGCGAACUGUCCAAGAUGCCACCAUUUCCGAUAUUCAAAAGAGGAAAUUCCCCUCAAAACAUUAUGUGUAUGUAAUACACAUUUCGUGGUCGGAUGGAUCCGUCAAUGUCAUCUACAGACGUUACAGUAAAUUCUUUGACUUUCAGGUGAAGCUGCUGAGUUUAUUUCCCGAGGAAGCCGGAGCUAAAAAUCCGACCCAACGAAUGAUUCCGUUCCUUCCCGGUAAAAAGUUGUUUGGGCGGAGCCACACGAGAGAAGUUGCAAACGGGCGGAUGAAACAACUCAAUGAAUACUGCAAACUGUUGGUGAGACUCCCUACCAAGAUAUCCGAAUGUGAUGAAGUGAUACAAUUUAUGACGCCAACCGCAGAGGACAUCAACCCACCGAAAGAGGACGGUGGUCAGAAGAAAUUCGGAAACGAGAUUGAUAUGAUCUCGGAUCCCAUCCAACCAGAGCAGUAUGUCGUUAUCGCAGAUUACAAGAAACAACAGAAGAACGAGGUGGAGCUGCAUGCUGGCGACAGCGUUGAAGUCUUUGAGAAGAAUGACAAUGGUUGGUGGUUCAUUAAUUCUAAUGACAAUCAAGGAUGGGCACCAGGGACUUUUCUGUCCAAGGGGGAUGGAACUGGUGAUGAAGAGGAGUCCAUCGCGGGAAGUGAUGAGCAUUACAUCACGAAUAACUCCUACAAGGGGCAGCAAGCAGAUGAAGUCAGCUUUGAGACAGGAGCUGUCUUGAAUGUUGUUCAGAAGUCCCUUGAUGGCUGGUGGAAAGUUAGUUACCAAGGCAAGACUGGCUGGGUACCGGCUGCAUUCCUUCAGCCGUAUAACGGACCAUCUGAUAUAACGGCCAAUGCACCAACUCAACGCAUCGGUAACGUCAUGAAUGUCUCGGAUAUCCUCAACAAGCGCAAAGCUGGAGAGACAGGGUUAAAAUCUGUUGGGACUGAAGCUAAACCCACACCACCGAGACGAUGUACAGUCAGGGGGACAGUGAGGAAGGGUGCAACGAGGAGUAAACGCCCACCUCCUAAGAAGAAAGAAUACUACACCGUCGCAGACUUUGCAAGCAGUGCUGGGGAUAGCAUCAGCUUCCAAAGUGGCGAGAAAGUUCAGGUGGUGCAAGAGUCCGACAGUGGUUGGUGGUUAGUGAAGAUCGGUGAAGAAGAAGGCUGGGCACCAUCCACUUACAUAGAAGCUAAACCUGAACCAGAGGCAGAAACCAGACCGAUAAGAUCCUCCAUUCAAUCCCUUGAUGAAGAAACGGGGGAGUCUAAGCCACCACGCCCCCCUCCCCUCAGAAAAACCAGCGAUGCCACACAAGGUCAAAGUUCGGCAAAAGGUCAAAGUUCGCCUAAUAUGUACAGGCCGGUGCCUACCCCGCCGAGUGAUGGUAACCGUAGUGCUUUCAGACCGAUAUCAAAUCAUGGCAGACCACUGCCUAUUGUCCCGGCAAAGAAACCCCUACCAAAUAAAAAAAUUACCUCCACACCACAAAACGGGGGAGGUUCUCCAGCAUUCCUCACAGCUCAGGCGAAUCUGAAACCAGUUAACGGCAAUGCCAAGAAAGUCCCUGUAAAGGUUACUCAGCCGAAGAACCAAUUACAAUCCAUGAAGACCCAGGAUAGCCAAUCAAAGCCGAGCAAGGCCGGGGGUUAUAUAACAACAGGUGCAUAUGCAAAUGAUGAUGAAGAUGGGUUUAGUUUUGAGGAAGGGGCUAAGGUGGAGGUGAUACAGGAGGAUGACAGUGGGUGGUGGUUGGUACGAAUCGAUGAUGUAGAGGGUUGGGCGCCGUCCACUUACCUUGAAAAAUUGUAAUGUAUGUAGAGAGUCUGUCACUGUAAUUUAUAUAGAGAAAUAUCAACAAGUCGUCAAUAAAAUGAUUGUUUAAGUUAAAGGAACACGUUGCCUUGGAUCGGUCGAGUUGGUCUUUGAAAAGCGUUCUGUAACCGUUUGUUAUACA